GUCCAAACGAAAAAUAAAGCUGAGAACAAUAGACGUAACGAAACGUUUAAUGUACUGUUCAUUAAAGAUUGCGAACAAGGAACCAGUCGUCCCAGUUUUGUACCGGUUGUGCUGUCUUCACGGGAUAAAAACACAUACCUCAAUUCAUUGUGCCACAAGUACUAGCUCCUUUGUUUAGCUGAUGUCAUCUUUGAGACCACUUGGAAGAAAAAAAUGAUGGCAGAGACAAAGGACUCGAGAGAUCUUAAGUCUGGAGGAGAUGCUGUGGAUGCUAAACCUGUUAUCAUGAAAGAUGCAUCUUCUUCCUCUAGAACCGUUCAGCAGCCCCAUGAUGAAGACAUGCAGGUGGAUGCCAAGGCAGACCAUGCACACCCCUACAGAUAUAACAUGAACUAUCCAAGCAUCGGCCAGUGUAUUAUAAUUAACAACAAGAACUUUGAUAAAAAGACAGGAAUGAAUGUUCGAAAUGGAACAGAUGUGGAUGCCAAGCCAGACCAUGCACACCCCUACAGAUAUAACAUGAACUAUCCAAGCAUCGGCCAGUGUAUUAUAAUUAACAACAAGAACUUUGAUAAAAAGACAGGAAUGAAUGUUCGAAAUGGAACAGAUGUGGAUGCAGGAAGUCUCUUGAAAAGCUUCAAAAUGCUGGGUUAUAAAGUAAAGGUUUUCAAUGACCAGACCUGCAGGCAGAUCGAGCAGUGUUUACAAUCUAUUGCCCGGGCAGAUCACAGCAAAGAGGCCUCUUUUGUGUGUGCUCUGCUGAGCCAUGGAGAUGAAGGAGUGCUUUACGGAACGGACGGUUGUAUCGAAAUGAAAAGACUGACCAGCAUUUUCAGGGGAGACCGCUGCAAGACACUGGUUGGCAAGCCGAAGUUGUUUUUCAUACAGGCUUGUAGAGGAACAGAGCUAGACGGAGGUAUUGAAUCUGACAGUAUUGAAAGUGACAGCUCUCCCCAGACGAUCCCUGUGGAGGCUGAUUUCUUGUACGCGUACUCCACUGCUCCAGGUUACUAUUCCUGGAGGAACACUGCAAGUGGCUCCUGGUUCAUCCAGUCCCUGUGUGAUGUGCUGAGCAAGUACGGCAGGGAGCUGGAGCUCAUGCAGAUCCUUACACGGGUUAACCACAAGGUGGCACUGGAAUUUGAGUCCACCUCAACCAUUGCAGGCUUCAAUUACAAAAAGCAGAUUCCAUGCAUCGUCUCAAUGCUAACUAAAGAAGUGUAUUUCCCACAUUGGUUGUAUUUGUGAUAUCUUCUUUGUGGUUUUGAAUAGCUUGUAUAAACUUAAACAUGCAGAGGUUUGUUUUUGCAAGAACAUCUGAAGACUUUCAAAAGAAUACAUUAACCGGGAGCAAUAACUGUAUCCAUACCAGCAGGUUCUCACUGUUAAACACUGAAAAUGCAAUUAUAACCACUGAAUAGAUAAGGGAUGCAAAUGUAUUAGAAACAGAUAUUAAAGUUAGGGGAUUUUAAUCGAUUAUCACAUCUUUGAGCUUUGAGUUAUUCAAAAAUAAUUGCUCGAUUUAAUCUUGUCGAGCGAGGUAUCAAAAAUCGGUGCGGGAAAAAGAAAUCUUGAAACAUGUUGGAGACUGCUUCCAGAGAUAUUCUGUGAAGCCAAGGUCCUGAAACUCGGACUUUACUUCCGUCACACGACACACAAGGGAUCAUGGGAUAUGGAGAAAGCAGGGCUAUGUUUCUAUUGUCUAUGGAGAGGGGUUGGAUUGAACUAAUUUUCUCAAUGUUUACAUUUUUUUUAAAAACUUAAGUCUGUUUCACUGUUGCCCAGAGUCAAUGGAAAUAUACUGACCUGUUGAAUGAUGACAUAAGGAAAUUGAUUUGAUAAAUGAACUUUUCUGAACACAGUCCUCAUCAGUGUAUGCGCAGUUAAGAUCACAAUUUUUCAUAUUUACAUGUUAGAAAAAUACUUUACUGUUGUAUGGUCUUAUGGUCAUAAGCAUUUACAGUAAACUGCAUUAUGUUAAUACUUUGUAUUACUUUUAAUUGUUUUUCAAUACAUUUUCAUAUCGCAGGCAGACAGGUGUGAUUAAUCUGUCAUAGAUUAGAUGAUUAAUCUAUCAAUAGAAAUGUCAAGAUUAAAACCCCUAAUUUAAAAGUAAAUGCUUUUUUAAUAACCGUUAAAGUCCUGCUGUUACUCAUACUUGUAAUUGCCUUUAAGAAGCAUUUAUCUGCAGGUAUUAAAUAAGGCCAUUCAAAACAACAAAGGGUGUCCUUCCUUCACCUUUACAGUUGAUUACCAGUGAGUGUCAAUUUCCUCAGUCUUUUAAAAACCGUCUGGAAGCAAGUUUUCCUCUCAUCUGGGAUGCUGCCGUUUUUACUGCUGUACCAAUGCUGUAAACUGACAUUGGGUUUAAUUAAUACCUGCUGAUAAAUACUAUUUAAAGGCAAUUGGGAAUGUGAGUAUCAGCCCCCCAGAUAACUACAUGUUUAUUUUCUUCAUGGAGAGCAAUUGUAUGUAUUGUUGUUUACUAUGUGUCGGGUACGCUUAAACUCUUACUGUUUUAAAGGAAUACUUAAUUACUCAUUUUUAACUUGAAUACUUAUUUUCGUUACAAUGUUUAAGGGGCAUUUUACAAUUUGUGUCUUCAUAAUUCAAGUCAUAGUUUAAUUGUGGUGGGUUUUUUUUUAUAUCUUUUAAAUGAAAUGCCUGUUGCGCAUACAUCUUCUCUUGAGAGUUAGUUAUUUUAAUGUGACAAGGUCUUUUAAAGUGUAUUCAUAAAAUAUUUACCAUAGAGAGUAUUACUGUACUCAAAAUGGGUGCUUGUUAUAAGUAAGAUGAUGAAAAUGAAAAAUUAACUAGUAUUGUGAGACAUCCCAAUUUAAAGGCAACAUUUGAUUACCCUGAAAGAGCCAGUCAAUAUGGGCCUGACCUCCAAUUCAUUACCAACUCAACACCAUUAUCCAACCCAGCUGGAACUGGGUUUGAGUCUUUCUGUUAAAAGUAGACUUUUUAUAGGAGAAGUUUAGCAUUUUGAUGCAUCUCAAACUAGUUAUCUACUGUGUACGCAGCAAAAUCAUUCUCUAUGUAGAAUAUUAGAAGAUUAACAAUCGCAUUUGUGUAGGAGGUUCACCAGCACAAGACUGAAUAGUUGUGAAUAUUUUAUCAACCUUUUGCAAUUUAGAUAUUGUUGUGGAACCUCUGUAAGACAGAAUUUUAGUAUAGGAUAUGUAUUGUAUUAGAUUAUUGUGUCGCUCAGAAAUGUGAUCAAGAGGACUGGCACACAAUCCCCAAACUAUCAUUUGCAUCCAAUACAUUUAAAGCCAAGUAAAGUUUCAGUCUGAAAUAUAAAUACGCCUGCAUAUUUGUGAUGGGCUGGAAGUCUUUGCAACCGUCCAUAAAAAGUCAGAUUGCACUAGGGUAAAUUUGAAGUAUGAGUUUACUUCCUCCUUCCAAAUUUCCGGUUAAUUUAAGCCCUUGGCAGAGGUAAUGAAAAUGUUGAUGUCUAGCGAUCCAGUAAAAUGAGGUUUCUAAAGUUCAGGCUUGUGGCAUAAAGUUCUGCCAAUGUUUGGAUCAUUAAAAUAAGACCCCAACGCACAGUAUAUUUUUUUAUAUUUUAAUUAAAGACCGGGAAUUGUAGUUUUAAACUUUUUUUUUCUUUUUAAUGUUAAUUUAAGGUGUCUGCUGUUGUCUGUGCAAAACUUAACGUUAAAAGCUAUAGCAGAUUUGCUGGUAAACACAGAUGUACUUUUUUGUGUUUUCGUAAGAGAAACUUACAACAUUUACAAUAAAGAGAAUUGUCUGAAA